AUGGCCAACCCUCGCGUCGAAGAGCUCCCCGAUGAGCCUGAGAAGGUCACCGCCCCCGAGGUCGAGGACGACGAUGAUAGCGACUCCGACGACGCAGGCGAGACCGGUGAGGCCAACAUCCCCGCCGGCGCAACCGUGGCAGUCCACAACCGCAACGAGAAGAAGGCACGCAAGGCCAUCGCCAAGCUCGGCCUGAAGCACGUCGAGGGCAUCACGAGGGUGACUUUGAGGAGGCCCAAGAACAUCCUCUUCGUUAUCAGCCAACCGGAUGUUUACAAGAGCCCGAACAGCAACACCUGGAUCAUCUUCGGCGAAGCCAAGAUCGAGGACCUCAACUCCCAGGCCCAAGCCUCCGCCGCCCAGCAACUCGCCGCCCAAUCUGCUUCCGAAUCCCAGACUCAGAAUGGCAGCUCCGGCGACAAGGGCAAGGCUGUCGAGGACAAGAAGCCAGCCGAGGAGGAGGAAGAUGAUGGCGAGGAGGUCGAUGAGACGGGUCUGGAGGGCAAGGACAUCGAGCUCGUCAUGGCGCAGGCUAGUGUGAGCAGGAAGAAGGCGGUCAAGGCGCUCAAGGAGAACGAUAAUGAUAUUGUCAACAGUAUCAUGGCUUUGAGCAUAUAG